ACCACUUUCCUCUUCGCCGCUGGAAUAUUUUAACAAAAUGUCUUUCUCUGGAUUUGUUCGCAACCUUUCUCUCUGCGCUUCUUACAGUUCUCAUGGGAAUGGGAGAGGCGGCGGCGACACCAGAUGCAACCCAAGCUCCCAAAUCCGGCUACUGGCACUAACCCUAGCAGCAUUCCCCCUCUCAAUGCCUCCUAGGGCUACCAGAUCUGCGCUUUUCACGGUUCUCUUGGUCAGAAUCACUAAGUUUAUGAAAUCAACUCUACGUGGUGGAGCAAUACUUGUGCUUGUUUGUGUUAUAUCUUCCUGCAAUUUUGUGUGAAGUGCUUGGUAUCCCCAAGUCGAUAUCUUUGAAAUCCUUUAGUAUUAUCCUUCUGUUAGGUCAAACCACCAAAGUGCAAAGGAGCAAAGAUGGGUUUGUAACGAGCUUGGCCUGGUAACAAUCCAUUUUAGACAACAAGACUGCUUCCUAGAUUCCUAAUUCUGCCAGCUAUAGGUUUCUUAUCUGGGCUCAAAAGCAAUGGCUUCCAGCAAAGAUGAUGUUGAUCAACCUACUGAUUCCUAUUCUCUACUUAAGAAUCCUUACAAGGAUCCUGAUGAUGGUCGCCAGCGGUUUCUUCUUGAGUUGGAGUUUGUUCAAUGCCUUGCCAAUCCAACUUAUAUCCACUGAAUUAAAAUUGAUGUUUCCCAACGCAGCGAGAAUGAACCGUGGUAGUCAGGUGAUCUCAGAAAUUAUUGAGUUUUGCCGAGCGCAUGAAUAUACAGAUGUUAUUUUUGUUCAUGAACAUCGUGGUGAGCCUGAUAAUUUGGUCAUUUGCCACUUGUCAUUUGGUCCAACUACAUUCUUUGAGUUGCUGAAUGUGCUUUGUGCAGACUUGUUUUGCUUCAUUGUGAAUAACUACAGCUUGGUCAAAGGACUGCAAACAUCCUUAAACAUCUCUUUCCUAUGCCUAAACCUGAAACUAAAUGAAUAAUCACAUUUGCCAACAAGUCCGACUACAUCUCAUUCAGGUGCUCGUGGCAUGUGGAAGGUAAAAUAUGCAGCAUAACAUUUCUCUCUCUCGCGCGCGCGCCUGGAUUCAAGAUUGGAAAUAUGUUAUCAACAUGUAAAUUUUUUGGCUUAUUUUCUUACCUUUAUUGAAACAUGGAUGUAUUUUGAUGUGGCAAUACAAUUGUCACAAGUUAUAUGCAUGAAGGUGAUUUAUCAUCAGCCAAUGUGAUUUAGGCAUCAUAGUUAAUUAUCUUGGAAUACAACUAAGUUUAUACUCGAACAAAAUACAUAAAGCCCCUGUAGCUGAUGACCAAAACUAUAAAUCUUGUAAGAAUAUCCAUAUCAACAA